GAGCCCCGUCUCGUGUCUGUCUCGUCCGCCGGCUGCCCUUUCGGCCUGCCCGGCCUUCCCCCGAGCAGGCCGCCAGCUGGAGAUGAGUUUCGGGGCUCUUUCUCACGGUAGCCCCACCUCUGCCCAAAGACACCGGCUUGGGGGAAGGGGCGGACGCCUCCCCACAGCCGGGCGGCCCUCAGCAGCCCCUCCGCUGGCCGCGCCGCAGACCGUGGGGCUUGCGGGGGUGCUGCUCCAGCUUCGGGUCUGCGAGCGAGAGAAGGAAGGCGUGUCCCCGCAAGGCUGUCCUUAGAGUAAUUGGAAGCCAGGUGACGGCGGCUUCAGACACUUUUCAGCCUCUCGGUAUGUGAGCGCCUGACUUGGCUUGUGCCCUUUGGUAGGCUAAUAGCAACUAUGUGCUGAGCGUUUACAGGCUUUAUUUCACUUAAUCCUAAUAACUUCUGCAUGAUGUGGGCGUUAUCCCCAUUUCACCCGCGUGGUAACCAAGGCUCGGAGCUGCCCAACAGAAACCUAAUGGGAGCCACAUUGUAAAUUGUACGUUUUCUAGUAGCCAUAUUAAAAAAAAUAAAAAUAAAUUUUCAUGUUUUAUUGUAUGUUAUUAAUAUCUUAUUGAAUCUAAUUUAACAAAAAACUUCAGAACUUAAUGUGAAAGUUAAUCAUGUAUUUUAGUUAAUCAGUGUAUUUUACAUUUCUCUUUUUGGUACGAGUCUUAGAAAUCCUGUGUGUGUGUUACACCUACUGCACAUCUCGGUUUGAACUAUUCUCAUUUUAUGGGAGCAAUUAGCCACAUGUGGCUAGUGGUUGCUGUGUUGGAUAGGAUGAAUAGUGAAAGAGGCUUUGAAAAUGUAGAACUGGGAGUCAUAGGAAAGAAGAAGAAAGUCCCGAGGAGAGUCAUCCACUUUGUAAGUGGUGAAACAAUGGAAGAAUACAGCACAGAUGAAGAUGAAGUCGACGGCCCGGAGAAGAAAGAUGUUUUGCCUACUGUUGAUCCGACAAAACUCACCUGGGGCCCCUACUUAUGGUUUUACAUGCUUCGAGCUGCCACAUCAACCCUUUCAGUGUGUGACUUUCUUGGAGAGAAGAUUGCCUCUGUUUUGGGCAUCAGCACCCCAAAAUACCAAUAUGCCAUUGAUGAGUAUUACCGGAUGAAAAAGGAGGAAGAAGAAGAAGAAGAAGAAAACAGGAUGCCUGAAGAAGCAGAAAGACAAUACCAGCAGAAUAAACUGCAGGCUGAUUCCAUUGUCCAGAGGGAUCAACCAGAAACAGUGGUAUCCAGUUCAUUUGUGAAUCUCAAUUUUGAAAUGGAGGGAGACUGUGAAGUAAUUAUGGAAAGCAAACAAAAUCCAGUCUCUGUCCCACCAUAGAAUGACUAUCAAACUUCAAACUCUAGGGUUUUUAUAAUACCAGGAACUUUCACAUUCUUUAUUCAGUGGGACUUAAUACAAUUAUUUAUAUUUUAAAUUAUUAUCUGGAAAGGGAAAAAUGUUUCUUCAUUCUUAGGCUCUAGCUAGCAAAAGCCAGAUCUGAAAUUUGAUAUUUGUACUAUGCUUUUACUGUGUGUCACAUUAGUGCUUUGGUUUUAAAAUGUUCUUUAAAGAAAUUAAGGACAUUCUAGAGCCCUAAUCGCCAAUUAAGCGUUAAAUUAUCAAGCUUGUCUGUUAUUGGUGUUUGUAAGAAAAAAAUAGUUAAAUUACUAAGACUAAUUGGAGCUGAUCUUCCUAAUCUCAGAUUAAAAUGAGAAUUUCCCCCUAUUAGAUCUUCUCAUGUUGUCUUACAUUUAUAUAUCUAACCAUUACAUUAAUUUCAUACUAAGGAUGGUUCACUGAGUGUGUAAUAAAAGGAGCAAGACAAAAGCACUUUGAUUUUUUUUUCCUUUAGAAUAUUUUAUGAAAAGCUGAUUAAGUUUAUAACACCAAGUCUAAGACGGGUUUCCAUUUUUUAAUGCAGGUUACUUAAUCUUACAUUCUUUUUCAGCAGUUACUCAAAUAACUAGCUUUGAACAUAACGUUAAAAACACUAGUUAUGGGAUGUAUUUAUUAAGGUAUUUGUAUUCAAGUGGUAACAUCUAGUGAUUAUCCACAUGGCAUCCUGGUUUUGUCACUCAGUAGACCCUGAGUGUUUCCUGUGGGCCAAGUAAUUGGAGGGAGGAGGGUGGGGUGAGGGACAGAUGAAGACUUGACCCUUCAGAGGCUUACUUUUGAAUAUUAUACAAGGUGCCACAGUAGCAUAGUGAAGUCACCAGUCAUUCUCUUCUUUGAAGUUAACAACAGUAAAGUGGACAGUUUACUUAACCCGGGUUUGGUCAGCUCUCUAGAGCCCACUGUGCUAUUGGCAACACUUACCGAAGGAUAAUAUGAAACUAAUUUUGAAAAUUUUCAUAAAUAUGUGCUCAUAAUCUUAUGAGAGAUCUGUGUGAUUUUGAUUUAUAACUAAAUGUGGGUAAGGAAGAAUGUAUGGAGUAUUUCAGAAAUGCUGCUCUUAAAAGCCUAUUCACAGACUUAAGAGCUUUCACAGAUUAAUCGUUGUUCUAAACAGCAUUAAACUGUCAAUCUUAAAUAUUUUUAUAUAAAAUAUGGCUUCAAAGAAACUCAUAGGUACAGUGGAGCUAUUAUGGAAAUCUGUUGUCAGUAUGAACAUCUGGCCACUAAAUUCUUCAAAUGAAAUUUGAAGGAUUUGGAAAAGAUAAUUUUUCACUUGGAAUCUUCAGUUACAUGGAUUUGUGGUAUGGUAGUUAUGCAUGGUAUGUGAUGGUAAUUUUUGGUCAUGGUUGUAAACUCUUUUAAUUUAGUACUUAAAGGAUUAAUCUUCAGAUCAUGUAAUUAAUGUCACAGUAAAUUAUAGUUUACCAGUAGCUCUAAAACAUGCUAGCCCGACCUCUUCCCUCUAAUUUGUUUUUAACUUCAUUGAGAUAGGACCUCCAACUCAGAUAUUUAUUGGGUUUUCCAGGGAAGGCAUGCAUAUCUAAUGAUGAUCUGAAUCUUUUCUCCCUAGAGGCACUAGAUCUGAAAGCUUACCUAGUAACUUUUCUGAUUGUAGAAGGAAGAUUAUGAAAGUUUUGUUUCUUAAAUUUUACUUUCUCUAAUUGUCCAACAGUGGCCAGUUUGUAAUGUUUAUAUAGUUAUUCACUGUGCCUUAAAUCUUUAUACUUUAUUUAUGCAAACUAUAAAAUUUCCCAGAAAUGAA